AUGCUGCCUCCCGGACUCAAGACCGCUCGCGAGGUCAAGCGGCAUUAUGAUCAAGUCUACGAACAACAUAUGGUCUCUGGACAAUACUACCCCUUUCUGUACCCCUGGGCCACGGUUGGAUUCGCAGUCGUCUUGAUCUACCUCCUGAUCGAUCAUCGACGUUCUCCAACAUUGCGUUCGCUCAGGAACCCCUUAUUUGGCUUUCUGUGUGCCUUCUCAGCAUGGUGCAUCUUGACGAACAAGGCUCGAAGUUCGGCGGCAGCAUAUGGAGUUGGCUUGGUAUCAGCAUGGGGUACGCUUUGGACUGGAGCGAUCAUGUUCUUCCAUGAUUGUCAAACGGACUUUAAGCGAAUAGAGCGUGCAGACAACAUCGCUUUGAAGAAGAUCAGCGGGGAUGGUCACGAUGGUCACCCGAAUGGCUCAUUAUCGAAUGGUUCCAUCCACAAGCCAACGGAAGUAUCGACUAAGAAGGACGAGCGACUUCUUUCGAAAGCAGACAGAGUCGCCACACAAGGUUCUUGGCAACGAACAGGCCCACUCUUCUGGCAAGAAUACCCAACCGCUCCCUUCAUCGAACGACUCGACUGGAUCCUCGACGCCUUUUGCGCCUUCCGAGGAACAGGCUGGACGUUCGAAACCCACGGCAUAGCACCUUUACCGCCCUCAGUCACCGCCGAACUCUCAGGCACGCCAACCAAAAACCCCGACCCAACAAUCAUGACCAGCCGGUCAGGAAUCCGACGAUUCACCAACCGCACCGCACUGCUCAAAGACUGCCUAACCCGCCUAACAAUCGGCUUCUUCAUCCUCGACCUCAUCAAGACCCUCAUGCACCACGACGCCUACUUCUGGGGCUACAUGGACGCCUCCGCACCGCAAUGGUUCCCCUCAACCUCGCCCAUCCUCCUAAAAUCCUACCGCCUCCUCCUUUCCCUCUUCGGAAUCCACUGCGCCCUCCUCCAAAUCUUCCACCUGGGCCCCAUCUUCUUCACAACCCUCCCCUUGGGCGUCCGCUCAGAACCCUGGAUGAACCCCCCAGAUUUCUACGGGAACUACUCCGCCGUGUGGAACAAAGGCCUCGCAGGCUGGUGGGGAAGCUGGUGGCACCAAACCUUCCGCUACGCCUUCGAAGCGCCCGCGACACGCCUCCUCGAAGCCCUCAACAUCGACAAACGCUCCCAAAAAGGAAAACUCAUCUCCCUCUUCGUCGCCUUCGGCUUAUCAGGCACGCUCCACGCUUGUGGAAGCUACACGCAAUUAGGAGAUACACGUCCACUCAUGGGUCCCUUUCGCUUCUUCAUCCUCCAGGCCGUCGGGAUAGUCCUGCAGAUGCAAGUCACACAAACCCUCCGAAGAGCCGGCAUCACAGACAAAAUCCCACAACCAAUACAAAAGCUCGGCAACUUCCUGUUCGUGAACAUUUGGAUGUACUUCACCGCGCCUUUACUCGUCGACGACUUCGCGAAGGGCGGUGUGUGGCUAUACGAACCCCUGGCAAUCAGUCCCCUACGCCUGCUAGGCUUCGGAGCUCCAGAUGACAACGGCUACGAUUUAUGGUACGGCCUCAUCUUCUGGCGACUAGGGAAGCACUGGUGGGAUACAGGCAUAGCAUUCUAA